AUGGAUAUCGAAAUUGAUAACGAGCUUCUUAUCAAUCUUGUUGAACAGCGGUCGGUGUUAUGGGAUACAACUUUAGAACAGUAUAAAAACCGAAAUAAGACAUUACAGGAUUGGAAAGAAAUUUGCAGAAUUUUAAAAGAUGGAUUUGACGAGAUGUCAGAAAAAGAACAAAAUGAAAUUGGUGCUGCUGCUAAUAGCUUGAAGAAAUAUGUUUAUUACGAGCAAUUAUUAUUAAAAAAAACUGCCAAUUCAAAUAAAACAGAAAAUAGUUUAGAUGACACUAUCAACCAAGAACAAGUGUCUGUUGACAAUAAUACAACAUCAACAACCAAAAAACGUAAACUUAAAGAGCCACAAAUACAAUCGGCUUCCAAAAAAAUGAUGACUGCAUUUGAAGGACGAAUGAUUGCAGCACUGGAAACACCUCCACCACCAGCACAUCAAACUUUUACAGAUUACAAAUUCAGUCUCUAA